AUGAUUGGAGAUUUUGUUAUCGAUUCUCAAUAUUCAAAUCCUCAAUAUUCCGGCGGCAUUAAUUCAAUUGAUAUAGAUCCGAUUUAUAAGACUAAAGUCAUUGGAGUAACAGAAAAUGGAAGAUAUUUCUGUUAUGAUCUAAAUAAAAGACAAGAAAUCUAUUCAUAUCCAUGCAAAAAUCUAUGCUGUAUUACAGAUGUAGCUAUACUUAAAACUGAUGGUGGUAUUUUUUGUACCACUGCAGUAGAUGGCUAUUUACGAAUUUAUGACAUUAAUGACGCAAGGAAAUCAGCCCAAAUGUGUAACUGCCAUGGUAUUGUACGUAGUAUAUCAGCUUCUCCAAAUGAACCAGUUGUAAUUGUUAGUUUAAACGAAGGAUCAAUUCGAAUUUUCGAUUUACGACAAAGCGUGAACUUAAAUGCGCUAAAAACCGGACGCGAUAACCCAGUGACAAUAGCCGAAUACUCUAAAGACAACAAUUUUCUUAUUGCUGCAGGAGAUACAGAUGGAAGAUUAUUUUUGUUUGACAUAAGGAAUCCAAAAGGUCCAUAUCAGUUAGAUUGGUAUCGAUCACAAAUCACUGACCAGCCAGAAACAUUCUCAGCCCAUGGAUCCGAAGUUACAACAAUAAAUUUCUCUUCAUCAGGGAGAACAUUUCUAUCUGCUGAUAGAAAUGGAGUUAUUAGAGAAUGGUCAUCCGAUUCUGGCCUAUCAGAACUCAACGAAUACAGAACUACAGAAUAUAAAAGAUCAACUCGAAGAACUAAACUCGUUUUUCGUGAUGAUACAAUAUUUGUUCCAAGUGAAAAUGCUGUUUACGAUGUCCAAAAUGAUAAAAAAUUAAUUGGACACAUUUCAACCGUCAAUGGCGUUGUAGAAAUCAAUGACGGAAUUAUUUCAUACGGAGAAGACAAUCUCAUGACAGUAUGGAAGCCAAAAGAUUCAAUUCCUUUCAUAGACGAUAAAUCCGAUUGGUCUGAUUAA